UUGUGAUUAUGCUCACACCUGACACCACAAGAAGGCAAGAAAUCCAGCAGAGAUUAUUGGUAUAGCCAUUAUGAUUACCAUAAUCCCCAAACCAUCAACAUUCAAUUCCUCGGAAAUCAACCCACUAUAUAUUAGUAAUCCACGCUCCUCCAUUUCUCCGUUUUUCAGUUCCCAAAUUCGACUCAAAUUCCCAAAUAGACGUCGCCGGUUUCAGAUUCAGGCGUCUUCUUUAGUUCUCCCGCUUCUCCCUUUCCCAAUUGAUCAGGUUCUUGUUCCUUCUGAGGCUAAAACUCUUCAUCUGUAUGAAGCAAGGUAUAUAGCGCUGCUGGAGGAGUCUUUAUUUCGGAAGAAUAAGCUAUUUGUGCACUUUGUGUUAGAUCCAAUUGGCUCUAGUGGUACAUCAUCAGAAACAUCAUUUGCUGCUAGAUAUGGUUGCUUGGUCAUAAUAGAGAAAGUUGAACAACUUGAAAUUGGAGCAUUAAUCUCAAUAAGGGGCGUAGGUCGAGUAAAAUUAUUGGAAUUUAAACAGGUACAACCUUACCUGACAGGUGAAGUUACACCCCUGCAAGACAAUGUUCUGCACAGCACAACAGCAAUAAGUUCUAAAGUUCUGGGAUUGAAAGAAGCACUCCACAGUUUAAAUAGCUUGGAGAUAAAGUUGAAGGCCCCAGGGGAAGCAUCGUUGCAGACUCAAACUAUAAAUUCUCUAUUUUGGGCGGAAAACCAACAAUCUUUGGAUUGCAACACAGAUUUCAUUCCACCUGUGGCCGAGCGUGUUUCUUUUGCAGCACUUCAACCUGUUUCAGGUGCAACAAAAUCAGAAUUGCUCAAGUUACAGAGAGAAAAAUUGACAGCAAUGGAUGUAACAGAUACACUGGUAAGACUGGAGAAAGCUGUGGAACUAGUUAGAGACAAUACGGCCAUUCUUGCAGCCAAGCUUGCUAUUCAAUCUCUCGACAUGCGUUAAGGAAUGCAUAGUUCAAAUGUCAAUAUCUCAACACACACGCCAAACUAUAGCACGGCAUGUAUAUAUAUAAAAGAUUUUGGUAGUUGUUUGUUGUUCAGUGAUUAUCAUUCAUAUAUGUUGAUAUUUUAACCACCAUCAACAACCACCAACUCCACAUCUUGCGAUGUAAUUAACCUUGUCAACGACCUCA